CACGGAAGCGUCAAUAUAGCGGCCCUCACCGCGGAGUCCAGCAGCCAGUCGCAGCCAUGCAAGCCGCCGCGCUGCUCAUCUGUCUGCUGCUGACCGCGCUGACGUCACAGGUUCAGGCGCAGCCCGAGCGCUGGGAGUUAAACUGGACGGAAAAGGAUCCAGAAGACACUAUUUUCACUUCAUCUGGGGAUGGUGUGUCAAAUGCUGAGAUUUAUGUAAGACCGGAAGUGCGACAACUGUUACGUCUUAGGAACAGACCCAUAAAAAAACACUUCAAUACUGUGCCAGCGUGGGUGUUAGGAAGUGAACAAGCAAAGUCAUCCGUAGUAAUUCUGCUGCCUGAAGGCUCAGCAGAUAAUGAACAGGUUUUUUGAUGAUGAGAUGGACAAUGGAAUUUAUUCUUUCAAAAAUUGUGUCAAUAGGAAAUAAAUAUCGAGAACAACAGAAAUUUACAGUACCUUAAAGAAAUAAUAUGUUGCCAUUGAGCAGCUAUAUGUAAUAGGAAUAAUACACAGAAUGACAGAAAUAAGACUGAAAUAUCAUAGUCUUCUGUUGUCAAACCUCAUCACAGCUCUUCCAAUCCACUUCUAUGAGCUUUUGCUUGUGACUGGUUGAAAAGAAUGAACUGACAACAAUGAUAAAUUAUGUAUCUAGUCUGACUGUAACUAUUUUUGCAUGCAGUCAUCACUGGUUUCCUUCUUCGGUAUUUAUGAAUUUCAUGUAAAAAUCAUAGAUUACAAGUUUGAAUAACUUUUACCCACAUAAAAGUGAGUGAGUGAAAGAUGCAGUCAAAAUAUGUUGUACAUAUGUUAAGUUGACUUCAAUUCACUUUUAGCUGUGUUUCUCUGUCACUCUAAUAACCCAUCAUUUUCUUCAUUAUUCAUCCAGUUUCAGCAGUUGCUUCAUUUCUGCUGACCUAGUUAUCAGUUGCAUGUGCAUAAUUCUAAGAGACCUCACAUGUAAGAAGAGAAAUUUUGAAUGAAUGAUCAUGUGACACUGGGCAAUAAUCUAAGGAAGUGAUGUAAGAUACUCCCUCAUGUACCUUAUUGAAGUUCUUGUAGCACUUACCUUAAAUUAGAAAUCUUCAUUGGUAAUAACAGUUAAUUCUCUUCUUUAUGCUGUAUAAUAAUUAUUAUAAACAGAUGCCUCUUCACUGUUAUAAUUUAUUAAACAAGUUAGGUUUUGUACUAUCUAUGCGUAUAAAUAUGAAAAAAAAAACAGAUACUGUUACCAGUGUUUGCUGCAUUACACUAUCAUGGAUUGGAAAAAGCUUAUAAAUAUUGUAUCUUACCACUCAGUUCUUAAAUUGUAAUGCAUCUAACUGUACCUUCUAUUUUUAUUUCUCAAAAAAGUUUUUCACAUAUUAAGUAAAGUUUCUCACUUUGCCAUCACAACUUUCUCUCACCUUAUUCAAUGUUGUUAUUAAUGUGGCUUUCAUACUUUCUACCUUAAUAAUUUAUUACAGGUACCUCUAUAAUUUUAAUUCCAUCCACUUUGAGGAAAAAUAUGUUUGUACAUCCCUGAUCCUACUUUAUAUGAUAUGUUUACCAAAGCAUGCCUUGCCGUGAAAUUGAGCAUCAUGUCUUUUGUGUGAGUGCAGUUUUUUUCCUAGAUGUAGUGGACACUAAGACAAAUUUCCUGACAUUCACAAGCAAUUUUCAUCAUUUAAAGUCUCCAAAUUAUGAUACUGACUUUGUUCUGUUCUAAAGGAAGUAUAUACUUUUUUCUGUGACACUUGAAAGAAGCUUCUAAGAGAACUUCAAUGACACAGCAUGUAUGGGACUUGAUCAAGUAUUAUCAAAAUAACAGCACUUCAAACCACUGUCCCACCACCAGGAGAAGAGGUUCCAUCAACAUCUGCCCUGUUAUACUGAAUGUAAGCAAACACAAAACUCAGGUGUGGUUCUUGUCUUUACCUGAGUGCAUGAAGCCCACCAAUCUGUGUUCUGCUGUUGUAGCAAUCAGACAACAUGCUUGUAAAACUAUUGAGACAUUCACAUUGUGCAUUGAGCAUUGUUUAUGGUGAAUGUUGUGAGAGUGUUAGAGAAGCAGUGCAGUUGUACAUGUAAGAGUGUCCAGAUUGUGCCAAGUAGUCACGAUCUGUCUUUGUAAACGUUAUAAAUAAAGUUCUAGAAACUUGAAGUGUGGAGAAUAAAAUACGCCAAGGGAAAAGAAGACCAACUGAUGAAAGAAAUUAAACUAACAUUUUAAAGGAGUAACACACAAUGCAAAUCUCACAAGCUGGUAUUUCAGAAGUACAAGAGGUAUCAAUCAAAUGAGUGUUCUGCAAACACUGUAUUCCAUCGUAUUUCAUCUUCUUCAAAUUUCACUACAUCUACAGCUUAAUGGCAGUGACUAUCCAAAUUUGAUUACAACCCUCUGAAUGUUAUCUACAAAAACUGUGAAGUGAUGCGGCAAAUCUAAGCAAAAUUUUGUUUAAGGAAGAAGCAUCAUUUACAAACCAUAGGCAAGUCAGACUUUGCAAUAUGCACUAAUACGAAAAUCCUUGCUGACACAAUGAAUGCUCUUGGUCUUUCAAUAUUUGGUGCAUGUUUUUCAAGACCCACAACACUGGUCUCUGUGUUGUUGAUGGAAUUCUAAAUACAUUCAGGUAAUGUGAGUUCCUAAGAUAUACUGCUGCUGCAGUUAUUGGAAGACACCCCACUGAACAUAAGUCAGUCAGUGUGGUACCAACAUGAUGGAUAUCAGUUUCAUUCCAGACAUAGGUUGAAAGGCCCUCUUAAAAGGACACUUGGAGAGCAUUGGAACAGUUGAGGAAAUGCAAAAUGGUCUACAGACUCACCUAACUUAACAUUUCUACACCCUUAUUUAUGGUGAGAUUUAAGACAAGAAGUCUAUUACAAAGCACUGAUGACUCCCAAAGAAAUGAAAUGCCUAAUAACACAUUGAUUCCACAUGAAAUUUGAUGUGCAGUGCUGUUUCACCAGAAUCACUUUAUAGUGUGCGGCAAUUCUCAAGGUCAACAUUUUGAGCACAUGAUAUGAUAGCCACGAUAAUACACAUAAAAACCAUACCCCAUGUUCUGUCCCUGCUUACAUUUGGUGUAAUAGGCAGACAUUCAUGGAUCCUCUUCCCCUGAUGGUGAGACAGAUCCAUGGUGCUGUUAUGUUGAUACUGUUUGAUCAUGUCCCAUGCAUGCUAUGUAAAUAAAAAUUACUUGUGAAUAUUGGGAAAUUCACUGUACUGCCUACCAUAAUUUGAAAAAAUGUAGCAUCUCAAUUUAUUUAUUGAUUCUCAACAUAUUUGUGAUGUGGUGUAUAAUUGCCUUUUUACAAUCCAUAGAUAAUGAAUGAAUGUGGAUGAAUCAUAUGGGUUGCUAUUUUGCUGCUAAUGUAGUUGUGUGUUACACUGUAAUAACAAGAAACAUGUAAAUCAGAUACCUGUCUGUUAUUUUGAUGAUACAGUGGUACACAAGAUUCACUAACAUAUUUACUAGUGGUGCUCUAUACCACUCACAUACAGUUUCAUUCUACAAAACAAUUCUCACAGCUUAUUUUUCUGUAUUUAACUUACUACCAAUUUUUCUUGGUAGAAGUACAUGUAUAAAGAACAAAAAUAAAUAUUCCUUUGUUU